GGUUCCUCUUCUUCCUCUUGGACAGCUGGAUCCUCCGUCGGCUCUCAGAGACCUGAACAAACCUGCACAAGGGGAUGAUACACUCUGCGACACACAGCACUGUCAUGCCCUCCCUAUCUGAAACACAUUUCUCUUGGACGGACCUAUUCUAUAAUGACCUGUAUCCGCCGCACAGAGAGCUGUCACUAGAUGUACAUUCUCAAUGGACCUCGCUGCAACCAGAACACUGGAGCAAGGAUCACGUGUUUGAGUGGCUUCAGUAUUGCUGUGAUAACUACAAGCUGGAUGCCACGUGCAUCCCCUUGUCCCAAUUCAAUGUGACCGGCCUCCAGCUCUGCAGGAUGACCAAGGAAGACUUCACCGAGGCUGCGGGGGCCUGCGGACAUUACCUCUACAGCCUCCUGCAGGAUAUUCGUUCACACGGUAAGCCUGACUGGAGGUCCUCCACAGACCUAUGUGCUGGCAUUACCUGACAGCAAGAAAAAAAUAAAAAUAAAGGGGAAAUUCUUCUUAUAAAUCGCCCAGCACUGAGUGACCAAUGUUUUCUCUGUAUUCCAGGUAUGCACAGUUCUCACUUGUGGGAAUUCCUCCGUGACCUUCUCCUGUCACCUGAGGACAAUAAUGGCACCUUGGACUGGGAGGACCAGGAGAAGGGCAUCUUCCGGGUGGUGAAGUCUGAAGGUCUGGCACAGCUGUGGGGUCAGAGGAAGCGCAACAACAGGAUGAAUUAUGAAAAGCUCAGCCGGGCUUUGAGGCACUACUACAAGACCGGCAUCCUGGAGCGGGUGGACAGGCGGCUGGUAUACAAGUUUGGCAAGAAAGCCUAUGGUUGGCACUGACCUGACAUGGAGUGCUCUGAACAAUGGCCGCUGUGGCACAAACAUGUAGAUUCCAUGAAUCGAAUUCCUACUCUUCACAGGCAGAAGGGUGGACUUAGUCAUUCCACCAGUAUUAUAACGACUUUCAAGCUCAAGCUUUUCAAGCUCA